GCCGCGCCUGUCCCCCGCGCCGCCGGGAGCCGCCACCUGCGCGCCGGGCGCGGGCUGCGGGGCCAGCGGCGGGCAGGAGCCGGGCGGGCAGCGGAGGAUGCCGGAGACCGGGCAGGAGCCGUCCAGCGCCCCUCCGCCUCCCCCCAAGGAGUCCUUCUACAUCAAGAACCUGCUCAACGGCGGCCCCCCCAAGGCGCCCCCCAAGCAGCCGCGGGCGCUGUUCGCCCCCUCGGGCAAGGCGGCGGUGGACGGCGCCGGCUUCGCCCUCUCGCAGGUGGGCGACCUCGCCUUUCCCCGCUUCGAGAUCCCGGCGCCGCGCUUCGCCCUGAGCGCGCACUGCCUGGAGCGCGCCCAGACCUGGUGGUACCCCUACGCCCUGACGCCGGCCGGAGCGCACCUGCCCCGCACGGAAGCCGCAGAGAAAUCGCUGCUGAGGGACUCGUCCCCCGCCUCGGGCACCGACCGGGACUCCCCGGAGCCGCUGCUGAAGGCGGAGGGGGAGCAGAAGGAGCUGGACUCCAAAAGCCCCGACGAGAUCGUCCUGGAGGAGAGCGACUCGGAGGAGGCCAAGAAGGAGGGAGGCGCGGAGGACUGGAAGAAGCGGGAGGAGAGCCCCGAGAAGAAGCCGUGCCGCAAGAAGAAGACGCGCACGGUGUUCAGCCGCUCGCAGGUCUUCCAGCUGGAGUCCACCUUCGACAUGAAGCGCUACCUGAGCAGCUCGGAGCGCGCCGGCCUGGCCGCCUCGCUGCACCUGACAGAGACCCAGGUGAAGAUUUGGUUCCAGAACCGCCGCAACAAGUGGAAGCGGCAGCUGGCGGCCGAGCUGGAGGCGGCCAACCUGAGCCACGCGGCCGCGCAGCGCAUCGUGCGCGUCCCCAUCCUCUACCACGAGAACUCGGGCGCGGAGGGGGGCGCGGGGGGCGGCGGAGCCCCCGGCACGCAGCCCCUGCUCACCUUCCCUCACCCCGUCUAUUACUCGCACCCCGUGGUCACCUCCGUGCCGCUGCUGCGGCCCGUGUGAGCCCGGGAGGGGCGCGGAGAGGCGCGCAAGGCACCCGGCCGCCUGUAAGUACUGCAGCCCCCCGUGCGGGGCACCCGGCCGGGGGACACGAGUGCGGGGCUGGGGGGACCCCUCGGCGGGUGGGGCUAGGAGGAAAGUCGCGGAAAUUUAGGAGGAAAACAAAAAAAAAAUUUAAAAAAAGAGAUUAAAAAUGUGGGGGGGAGGGAAACGAAAAUGAGGAGAAUGAAAGUGGGGACUUGUAGAGAACCCUGGAGUUGUCACACCUUUUGUAAACGUGGAUGAAAACCGCGAUGGUCUCUCUCUCUCUCUCUCUGUGGCUUUAGUUUUAUUUUUGUAUAAAAGGAAAAAAAAGAAAGAAAAGGAAAAAAAAAAAAAGAAAAAAGGAAAAAAAUGGGGAAAAAAAGGAUAGUAAUAAAAUAAAACGAAUGGUCCCAGGCCACUCCUCGAGAUUUGCCAAACGCUAACGGGAAGCUGAAUUUCUGUUCCUUUCGGAUCUCUCCUUCUGCCUCCAAGUAAUUGUUCAGGCUCCUGAUCCUGUCAUGACUCAAACUUCAUCGACCACGGCUUUUCAUUUAAGCAGAGCUUUGCCUCUUUGCUUGCCCACGUUUUGUACUUUUCGGUUUCCGCCAUGAGACUUUCACGAGCAAGAAAUACAGCCUCAAAGUGAACGGUUAAAUACACUCGCACGCUUUGAGUGACCCUUAUUUAUUAUCGUUUACUUAGACAUUUUUAAUUCUUGUUUAUAAUUCUUGUUUUCCUAGUUGUCGGGUUGUUUCAGGUUUUUUUUCCUUGUAAAGUUAUUUCGGUAUCUGGGGGGGAAAAAAAAAAUCUGUGCCCUUUUGCUUUCUUUUGUAAUACUAAUUAUUAUUAUUAUUAUUAAUAUUAUUGUACUUUUGAACUGUGCAAUAUUGUACGAUGAUUCUUAAAGCACUGCUUUUAUUUGAAUGGUGAGGAAAGGGUUUUUAGCAUUGUAAAAUUGCGUUUCUUCAUGUUGUGCAAAAUGAAAUAAAAAAGAUUUAAAAGCGAAGGAAAGUGAGAAGAGAGGAGCAGGGCAUGGGAAUUAGCAUCGGCCCGGCUUAUGCGAAUAAAUAAGGGAGAUUCGGUGAGCUGGGCGCUUUAAGUGAAGGACAAUCAACUUUAGGGGAAUUUUAAUUUAUUUGAUAUGAUGUACAGUUUUCUUCUAAAGUCCAUUGAGUAAGUGGAUUUUAAUAGGCAGAAAUCAAGUGAGGAGUGGACACCUCUAGUCUCUCUCUGUCUUAGUGUCUGCUCACCUGUUGUCUGACAAUUGUUUGCUGUCUUCCCAAGGGUUUGGGUUAGUUGGUUUCUUUUCUUUGUUCGAUUUUAAAUUUUGUUUUCCAAUUUCGGUUGUACCCCCUGCCCUCUCGCUUUCUGUUAGGGAUCGGUCCUAUUUUUAAAACAGCCUAUAUUGUUAUAAACUUAAUGUUGUGGUGCAAAAAAAAAAAAAAAUCAAUAAAACCCGUUCCUUAUCAUU